CGAUAAAUUUCAAAUUACUGUAACAAAUCACUAUCCAACUAAACGAUAAAUAUAUUUGUUAUGGGGUAGAACUGAUGUUAUAUUUGAAUGUAUUAAGUGUCUACCUUAUAAAGAUACUAAAAGACGAUAUCGAUAAAUACCUAAUCAAGUUGCAUGCAAGUAGUAAAACCGAUAUAAACACUGUAUUGUGUAAUCUACAAUCUACAGAUUGGUUUUGUAAAAUUUUGGUAAUUGCCACUUAUCACCUGUCUGAUUGAGAUUUAGAAACUUAUCAGUAUGUAUCACAAACGAUAGGAUGAAUAGCACGAUAGCUUAUCAACCGUACCACAAUUGUUAUUAUAUAAUUAAUUCCCCUUCCUUGCUCAAUGUAUAUACCCAGAAUUUCCUACUCUACCUUAAAACUACUUUGUAACGUUAUCAUUACGCGAAAGCAAACGUACCAUAAAGUAAAUCGUGUAAGGAGUAGAUGAAGAUGGGAAAUAAAUAAAAAUUUUCUUAUCGCCAAGUUAUUUUAAAUAUCAUUAUUUGUGCUACGUUUAGAGGAAACCAAAGUCGAGGUCUCUUAUACUGCGCGGGGAUAGGAAAGAGAUAAUAGGUGUAGAAGGAAUGAUAAAAGUAGUAUGCAGUCGUUGAUUUUGCUCCUUUCGAGUUUUGUGAAAUGGCAGACUUCGUCAAAAGAGGUAGCGUGCAACUGGUGAAACAAAGCAGUGUUCAAAUAAAACAAGCCGCAAAAGAAGUUCGAGCGGCUGUGCGAGCGCGACACAUCGUUGCUGCGCUCGUUGCAGUAGGAUUUGCACUUUGUGGUUCAGUGGAAGUGAGUUCUUCGGUCGCAUUGCUCGCCAAUCAGAAAGACAAUCAUGCCAUCAUCGACACAUCGUGGCAUUGUGAAAUGCUGGUCAACAUCAGUAGUCGUAAUCGUACCGAAGACUUUGAAGUUAUACUCAUGGAGUUACCACCGGAAGAACGUGCAGAAUCUAUAAUGAGGGAAGCGUUCCUAUGGGGUCAAGUGGCUGGUCCAAUUUUAGGGGGGUGUUUAGUAUGGGGAAGAUCAGGCCCAUCUAUGGUGUUUUCGCGUGCAGUUCUUAGUGCUUGUCUGGCAUCUUUAUUGGUACCAGCUGCAUGGAGGGGUCCGUCUCACGUAGCACUUCGUCUCUUUCAGGGAUUAUGCACAGGGGCAACUAUGCCUGCUGCUCACAUGCUUGCUAUGACCUGGUUUAAGAGCACUCACAGAAGUUGGUACUUCAGUUGCUACGCUGCGGUCAGCGUUGGAUACUGUCUCACAGGAUGGUUAGGUACAGCUGUUGUUCGAUGUCUUGGCCGAGAUUCACUUUGUUAUGGUCUCGUUUGCAUUGCUCUGUGUUGGUACUUCGCUUUUGGUCGAUUUGUCAAAGAUUCGCCGAAAUCUUAUCAGCACGAUACAAAUGCUGCUGUGAUUCCAUGGGGGAAAUUACUGCGAUCAGUUCCCGUUUGGGCAUCUGCUGUAGCAACGAUGGGAAAUCAAUGGGGCGAUGCAACGCUUGCCCUUGGUAUGACAAAGUAUCUAAAACUUAUUUAUGGAUUCUCAACAGCUAAUGAUUCUGUUCUAACAACGUUACCACACAUUGGUCAUUUCAUGGCUGCGUUAACAUGCGGUCUUCUUGUGGAUCACGUUCGCGAAUCAAAAAUUGUUUCGACAACCACAGCUAGAAAGUUGGUCGUAUAUACUGCUCAUUUUAUUCCCGCUGCCCUACUUUUUGUCGCUGGUUACGCCGGUUGUCAAGCAUUGGGGGCAGCUUGGUUAGGUAUAGCCGCUCUUCUUGUCUCUGGAACUGCACCAGCAGGUGCUUUAGCAGCUAUAGCAGACCUUGCACCUGUAGAAUCCCCAGCUUGCGCAGCGGCUGCGUGUGCAUUGUGCUCGACUCUAGGCGCAGCAGGGCUGUUGGCUGCCAAUUACUUUGUCACUCAGGCCCUUCAUGGCUCUAUCGCUGGUUCGUGGCGGCUGGUCUUCGGUGUCGCUUCCGUCGUUCUGUUAACAACUGCUGCGGUUUUCCUAGCACUUGGAAAAGGCGUGCCACAACCGUGGAUUCCUUCUGUAGCUCGGCCGCGAAGUCACGAUGCAAUUUACGAGCAAGACGCCUUGGAACUUGAUUACGAGGAUGUUGCUGUGCAGACCGAGCCUUUCAGUCCUUAUCCACUUGAGGAGGACACCGAGAGUGCGAAGAACGUGCCUCGUUCUGCCUCAAUCCACUCGAAAGUUUCCCAGUCAUCUAGUUAAUUUGUUAACCAGGUCAUUUCUUAAUCCUUGAACAGCGAAUGUUCCAAGAGUACGGCUGGUCUCUUUGGUUUUGAAUCAAAGUAAACACCAUGGAAGAGAACAUUUUAUAUAGAGAUUAGAUGUUGUUAUUUCUUCGAACUACUUUUUUAUUGAUACUGAGGUCUGUGACAUAAUUUAUUCGUCUGAAAGUAUAUGGUAUUUUUUAUUAUAACUUGUUACAACGGAUACAUAAAACAGUAUUUAUAGUAUGAUUUUUACAAAUGUAUUUGCGACAUUUUGUAUAUUUUGUACUGUAUUUUGUAUCGUUGCUAGAUUGAUACGUACAGCGGGUAAAAAUGACCCAGUAUUUGCCAGGCGAAGAUUAACCUCUAUAAUUAUAGAACCAAAAGAUAACAAAGAUAAAUUACAAUUUCAGUUUAGACAGUUUCAGUUUGCAGUUCCCUGCAAGUGUAAGCAUGGUUUAACUGAUUCUUAAGAGAAAUGAUACAGUGGAUUAGGAGACCUAUAAGUAGAAAAGUUAUGCCGAUUACGAUGAUGUUUUAUAAUUUGAAUUUAUAAUUAAUUAGAAAAAUUAUAAGUAAGAAAUUAUCCCGAUUGGCAUGCUAUGUUCACGGCCAUAUAUGGAGAAUUUGAUAUUUAUUUAGUAUUUUUAAGUGCUUUACGUCCGUACCUAAGGACCUUUCUUGAUUAAAGCUUGUAAACUUGUACAGAAUGUUGAACAACUAUUAGUAAUUUUAUGAUAAAUGUUACUAAGAAUUGUAUAUAGCAUGUAAACAAGUUGUAUAUUUUUCAAGUUACUUGGAAUUAUGGAUUAAUGUUAUUAAGAUUUGUAACGUUUGAUUAAAUAGGAACAUAAUUUACCGUUAAAGACAG